AUGGACGAUCCCCAGUACGGAAGGAGUGAUAGAUCAACGUCUACACCGAGUUCCUCCAAGGUUGAGCCAAAGGCAGGGCCUGAAAUCCGUCUCGUUGCAGAGAUUCCCAAUUCGACCAUCGCCAACUAUCAAAACACCGAAAGUCAACAUUCCCAUGAUACGAAAAGUGGACCCGACUCGUUCUUCACAGCCGUCCAGUGGACAGCAGAUGGUUCGUCUCUGGUUGCAACGUCCUCUGACAAAUCAAUUGCAACGUUUGUGAUACCGGACGACCUCCUCCAGACGUCAGAUUCACGCCCGCUGGUCCCCCAGUCUCUCACCAAGCUUCCUGAGCCGCCCCGAGUUGUUGCACCUGCUCCCUACUUCUCGCUCGCGGACCCAGCAACGCAGACCUUCUUGGUGGCAUGUCGUGAGCAUCCGCUGCAGCUAUACCACGCGUUCCCCGCCGAGGGCAAUUCCAGGCCUUUGUGUGGCUAUAAGCUUAUCAAACAGGAAACCGAGGCAUACAUCACACCGUCAGCUCUAGUUUGGGACCAUCCUGGCACACACUUUGUGUGCGGCUCUGCCAACCGGCUAGACUUGUUUGAUGUGUCUCGGCAAGGAUCUGACGGACCCAUCUUGACGGUGCCUACGAUUCCAUCCCGAAGACAUGUUUCCAAAGGUGGCGGGGUUGGUAUGAAGGGGACCGUGUCCUCACUCGCUACCGCCCCUGCCGACGCCAAUGGCUCCUCUAUAAUAGCAGCCGGCACUUGGACUCGCUGGGUUGGCCUGUACGACCUCUACCGCGAGAACAAAGCCAUUGCCAAUUGGAGCAUCGCGCACGCUGCUAACGAGGUGUCGGACGUAGCAAUUGGCGGGCAAGGAAUCGCCCAGACCCUCUGGAGCCCUUGCGGGAGAUACCUAGUCAUCAACGAGCGGAACGCCAAUGGGCUUUUGCUUUACGACAUAAGAGUCACGGGCCAAUUGCUCAGCAUCCUGAAGGGUCGCUACGCUGACACCCAACAGAGGCUCCAUUGCGAUGUAUUUCCCAGUGCGGAAGGAGGGUUUGAGGUCUGGUCCGGGACACAGGACGGCACUGUCGUCGUCUGGGAUGGAGUUGGUCUUCACAGUGAGUACGGUAUGGAGCCUUCCUGGCACUGGAAAGCCCACCCGUCCCCAAUAGGAAGCACAGUAGUUCACUCAAGCGGCUCAGUUGCUGCUACAUGCUCAGGUGGCUGGGAACAUCCCAAAUCAUUUGAAAGUGAGAAUGCGGACGAGGAACAUUCUGUGCCCAGGUCACAGUGUUCCGUGCUCGAUGAGUCUACCCUCAAGAUAUGGUCCAUGACUUCUCCCACCCAGAUUGAAGAGAACACUAUUUAA